AUGGCUGCAGACCUCGACCACAGGUCUCCAGAUGCAUCUCAAUGGGGCGUCACCUCUCCUGUAAGCAGCACCGGAAUAGGCCCCGGGGUUUACAGCGCCAGAUCGGGCGUUGCGGAAGGGGAAGGCGGGGGAGGGGGAGGGGGAGGGGGCGGGGACAGUAGAGCGGCGGCGAGAGUGAGGUGCGGGAGCGGAGGUGGAGGAGGAGGGGGAGCAGGCGUAGCCUCGCCUUCUGCCAGCGGUACAGGGGCGGGAGCUGCCGGCGCUUCUGCCGGCGCGGGAAGCGUGCAGACAUCAGGAGGUGGAGUUGCAAGGCAGGAGGCCUGGGGGCAACCGAGAGGCUUGGACAGGGUCAGCGACGGGUCAAGGCCGUCGGCUGGUGGCAGCGUCGGGGAUAGUCAGUCCCCACAUCAACAGCGGCGGCAGCAGGAGCAAGGUUACCGAGAUCAGCGCCACCCGCACCGCCGGCAGCACCUCCCAAGAGGUAGCUCCAGCCACAACGCAGCAGCCGGAAAGCGACAGCAACGUCGAGGGGAAGGGCUACCGAAACAAGGGGCGGGCGGCGGCACCACCGCACGCAGAGGCGGGAGAUAUCAAGGGUCAAGCCCCGGAGACACGAUGGAAACGGAGUCGCCGGAGGCGUGGGCAGCAGGCGCCGCGGGCGACGCGAGUGGCAGUGGAGUGCCAGCGGCCGGUGGUUCGUCGGGCUCGGCCGCGGCGGCGUCGGAAGGGGGAGGGUCUCGAAUAGACGAAGCGGCGGUAGCUGGUAGCGGCGGCGGGGUGGGGGCGAGGAGGGGAAGGCCGGCGUCGGAGAGGCUGGCGCACAAGCUCAGCGUUAGCCUUAUCGACACCUACAAGCUUAUCAACCAGAGAUAUUACGCCGAGAAAUCUAGGCAGCAGUCGCAGGAAGCUGCCGCGGCUUCAGCGCCGACGUCUGCUGCGGCAGGGGGGGCGGCCGGGGGAGGUAGCGCGGCCGCGGCGGCGGCACGGGGGGGCGGUUUGGGGAAAGCGCCGGCUAGGCAGGGGGGCGUGUACAACUACGGCAUGGAUGAUGAGAACUUCGAUUACAUCGUGCACGAGGGGGAGGUGUUCCAGGGGCGGUACGCCGUCAGAGAAACCAUCGGGAAGGGCUCGUUUGGCAAGGUAUACAAGGCGUGGGAUUCCAAGGACAAAGUCUACGUCGCUCUCAAGGUGAUCAAGAGCAAGAGGCCGUUCACGAUGCAGGCGAAGGUGGAGGUGAACAUCCUCAUGCUGCUGAGGGAGAGAGACCCGGAAGGAAAAUACAACUGCGCGCGCAUGCUGGACGAGUUCAUGAGCCACAACCACCAGUGCCUGGUGUUCGAGAUCCUGUCCUUCAACCUCUACGAGUUGUUGCGAUCGACGCAGUUUCAGGGAGUAUCGCUGCACCUGGUGAGAAAAUUCGCUAGGCACCUCCUGCGAGCGCUGGCCUUCCUAUCCCUUCCCCAGGUGGACGUCAUCCACUGUGAUCUCAAACCGGAGAACAUUCUCCUCCAGCACGCCAAGCGGUCCAACAUCAAGGUCAUAGACUUCGGAAGCUCUUGCCGCUCCAACAACAAGAUGUACUCGUACAUCCAGUCUCGAUUCUACCGGUCCCCCGAGGUGAUGCUGGGGCUGCCCUACACGACCGCGAUCGACAUGUGGUCGCUGGGGUGUAUCUUGGUGGAGAUGCACACGGGAGAGCCGCUGUUUGCGGGAGUGGACCAGUUCGACCAGAUGUGCCGCAUCGUGUCCGUCUUGGGUGUGUUUUUCCAGGUAAACGACAGCGACAGCGGGGAUGAAAACAACGAUGUCCACGGCAUGGACGAAGACGGCGGGGGAUGUUCUGGGAGCGACCGCCGAAGAAGUGGAAGGCGGGGGGGGGGCCGGGAAGGGGGUAACCACCUGGAAGACGUAAGGGGAGGAACCCACCGCAGUCCCAGCGACCGCCAACGCCGAAGAAAACGGGACGACUCGAGAGGUGUCGGCACAAGUCGUGGCGGUGGUAGCGGCGGCGGCGGCGGCGGCGCAUCGUUAGCUUGGGCGGAAGAUAAGAGAGGGAAGGGAAAGGGGGGCGGGGAAGACAGGGCGGAGGAGGAGGAGGAGGGGGAGGAGGAGGAGGACGAAGACAGCGACCACAACAUGGCCGAGUUUUCGCCUGACGGGCGUACGAACACGGACAACAACGCGAGUCCAACGAGCAACGCGGGCAGGCCGCGAUAUCGAUUACGGAGAAACCUUCUCGAGAAGCGAGCGAGAGCCGGCGGCGCGGGCGGCGGCGGGGGGGCGGCCGGGGGGGAGAGUCGAGAUGUACCCCGGGUGCCGCUGUCGGAAGUGGUAGGCGUGUUUUCUGGAGGGCCGAGCGGUAGGAGGGAAGGGGAGGCGGGCCACGACCCAGAGACGUACGGGCUGUUCGUCAACCUGGUGGAGCGGAUGCUGGACCAAAGGCCCGAGACGAGUGUUGUGGCGUAA